AUGUUGCCACAAAGGACUUUCGAGUAUCUUUUCCAUUUAUCUUUGAUUAUUUUACUAUUUAAAUUCGCCGUUGCCGGCACAGUGCCUGCCUAUGAGGAUAACAUCAGUGAGAAUAGCAUAAAUGCGCCGCCAGCCUCACAAGCUACUAGUAGCAGCAGUAGCAGCAGUAGUAGUAGUGCCGGUGGCAAUAAGCGUGACUCUAUACGGCGCGCCUUUGAGGAGUGUCGGACGCAGUUGAGUUGGAUGUGUUUGAAAAUUGAAUUUGUGAAAAUUAUGGAACGCUUGGCAGAGAGGGACGAGCUGGUGGUGGUGCCUGGCAUUAGUGUGGUGCGAAAUGUUAAUGCAACGGAAGUGAAGAGCAAUGAUUUAAUGGCAGAUGUUGCUCGCAGUUAUCCCAACGAUCCCAACUCACGAUUGAAUGGCUACAUUUUGAAUAAAAUGAGUAAUUUUCUGCAAACACAUUAUCUACGCUUCAAAUUGAUCGACAGCGAAACAAUGACUGAAGCCAACGCGGCGGUGGAAACGGGACGUAAGGGAAAAUUUGGCAAAAAAGGUGGUCUGGAGGCACUUAUUGCGGCUGCGCUCAUGAUGAAAGGCACUCUCAUGGCUCUUGGUAUGGGUGCUGUGGCACUAAUGGCUGGCAAGGCACUCAUGACGGCACUAAUGGCCUUGACCUUGUCUAGUGUGUUGGGUUUGAAGAGUCUAGCAUCGGGCGGCGGUGGUAAAUCGACAACAUACGAAAUCGUCUCAAAACCCGUUUACACUUCAAGUCACUCGUAUGACGAAGGACAUAGCAGCGGUGGCGGCGGCGGCGGCGGCGGUGGUGGUCAUAUGAUGGGUGGCGGCCAUAGUGGUAGUGGUUAUGGUGGUUAUGGGCGAAGUUUAAAUUUGGUAUUGCCUAAAGCAUUGCAUUGA